AGUGACCACUAUACAAUCCCAGUAAGCUUAUAAGCACACAGACGCUGCUGUCGUGGGCUGUUGUGCGCAUAAAAUUUCCACUGAACGCAGGCAUGGCAAAAGAUGCUCGAGACAACUGGGAAAGUCCUACGCAGUUUGUACUGGCUUGUGUUUCAUAUGCCGUCGGACUGGGAAACGUAUGGAGGUUUCCUUACCUCUGUCAAAUGCACGGUGGAGGGGGUUUCCUGAUUCCCUAUCUGCUCAUGCUGCUUCUGGAAGGCGUGCCUUUGUUCUACUUGGAGCUAGCCAUUGGCCAGAAAAUGCGUCUGGGCAGCAUCGGUGCAUGGACUGCUAUAAGCCCAUAUUUAGGAGGAAUUGGACUUGCCAGUGUUGUGACAUCAAUGUACUUAUGUCUCUAUUACAACAUUAUCAAUGCAUGGAGUUUCUGGUACCUCUUUCACUCAUUUCAAUCUGUCUUGCCCUGGGCAGCUUGCCCUGUAAAUUCCAACCGGACCGGACCUAUGGAGGAGUGUGAAAAAGCUUCACCCACCCAGUAUUUCUUCUACAGAGAAACCCUUAACAUCUCUCCCUCUAUUGAAAAGAAUGGUGGCAUUCAAACAGGCCAAGCCCUGUGUUUCCUGCUUGCAUGGGUGAUAACUUAUCUAUUCAUUAUCCGAGGUGUAAAGUCAACUGGAAAGGUAGUAUACUUCACUGCAACAUUUCCAUAUGUUGUCCUGUUCAUCUACUUGAUUCGAGGCAUGACUCUUCAUGGAGCUCUAAAUGGUGUCAAAUACAUGUUCACACCCAAGAUGGAAGAACUUGCCAAUCCUACUACUUGGAUCAAUGCAGCCACUCAGAUCUUUUUCUCUCUGGGUUUGGGUUUUGGGUCACUCAUAGCUUUCGCCAGCUACAACCAGUACCACAACAACUUUGAGCGGCAGGCCAUCAUUGUCUCCCUCAUUAACAGUGGAACAUCCAUCUUUGCCUCCAUUGUCACUUUUGCCAUCUAUGGGUUCAAGGCAACUAUCAACUAUGAGAAUUGCUUGGACAGGACACGCAUACUGCUGCUCAACUCUUUCAAUCUUGCCGAAGACAGCAUCACCAUCAACAAUGUGUUUGAAAUGAUUGAGAAGCUGAACACAACAUUCCCAGAGCAGUUCGCUGAACUUAGCAACAAACUAGAAGACUGCAGCCUGGAGAAUGAGCUAAGCACUGCUGUGGAGGGGGCAGGGCUGGCCUUCAUAGUGUACAGUGAGGCCAUAAAGAACAUGCCAUUGUCUCAACUGUGGUCAGUGCUGUACUUCUUCAUGCUUCUGAUGCUGGGAAUGGGCAGCAUGCUGGGAAACAUCACUGCCAUCACCACCCCACUACGGGACUUCAAAUUUCUGUCCCACGUAAGCAACGAGGCUUUAAAUGGUAAGAGGUAAUAUUAGGGUGUCUUUGUACAUAUUGUUGUUUUGGUAAGCUAUUUCAAUAGCAUUGCUGUUUACACAGGAUGAAGUUACCAACAAAAUCAGCCCUGCUGACUCUUUGGUUUCAGCUUAGGCUUUUCUCACCAAAUGAUCUCACAUGUUCACAGAUAAUGGUCAGGAAAGUGGUGAAAUCAGUUCCAUCGUAAUUCAACAUGAAUAGGUUUAGAUCUUACAAUAUGCUUGGGCUUUAACAGUGCGUGUAUUCACACUGAAAUUUUGCAAUAUGGAUAGAAUUAACUUUAAAAUCCUUGUUUGUCUCCUCUGUCUUUAUUCCACUUACUUUUAUUUGUUCCAAGAACUAAGCAACAUUUAGAAGAGAUCAGACUUUCUAAGUUGUGGACAAAGUUGCCUUUGAGUAGGUGUCUUCCCUUCAUCUUUGUUUCUUUAAAAAUACAUCUUUUCAGAAGGCCUUUGGCACAGUGUGAGUUGGCAUGCUAGUUUUAAAGGUCCACUAUUAUGCUUCCUUGAACAAGUUAAAGGGUAGAUCUAUGGGCUGUACAAGUCAUGUUCAUUACAUUUAAUUACAUUUAAUACACAAAUAUUCAUUCAUCGAUCAGUGGCUGUUUUGAUCUCAUUAAGGAAUGUGCUGUUUCAGGGCUACCUCAUUAUUAAUAAUUAAUAAGCUGCUGGCCAAGCCCUCCUAACUCAGUGUUUACGUUAGCUCCUCAGACAUGUGAAAAUGGCUACAGGCAGACGUGCAGUGGUGUACAACCUUAUAUCUUUGAUCCAGAAGAGGUGGAGCCUCCUGAACAACCAUCACGCCACAACCACAGAAGGAUUAAACUCUGCAGAUCUGAUGCAAAGUGAUAUACUUAUUAAUUCAAAUUAUGAGGAUUCUGCUUCAUUUCAGGGCAGUUUGUCAUGAGGUGAAGUUGAGCAACUGACAUCAGCACAAUUCAGCAAAAAGACUGUAUUUUCCAGUUAAUGCAACCUUUUUUGAAAUAUAUAUAGGUUAGAGAAGCAUUAAAAAAAUUCAGACAAUGUCAGUAAUGUCCAGGUGCCUGAAGUGUUUUCACAAGUACUGCAUCCUCUCAAGGUAGAUUUUCACUUUCAGUUUAACUCUGACAGUAAAUGCGUAGGUGGUGUUGUAACAUCAAACAGGACUAACAGUUAUCAUUCAGUGUUAGUUUGUGCUAAAUGACAAUCAUGUUCGUAUCGAGCAACAAUACAAAACACACAAGACAUCUUAUGUAUUUACAUUGACAUCUUCUGCAGAUUGUGAAGAACAUUAGAAACAGGAUCUUCCUUCAGUCCAAGUAUUUUGGUAAAUCCUUCUGUGUAAUGUUGGUAGUUUUCAAAGGACUACUUCCUAAGCUAAUUUGCACAAAUACAACAUUCUUUUACAAUAUCGCAGGGGCAUUGCAAGCAAAAAUAAAAUGAAGGCACACAGAAAAUGCAUGGACACAUGCUCUGUACUGCAGGCAACAACAAAUCAUUUUCCUUUUAGAGCAGCCAUUGCACAGCUUACCAAGCGUUAACACCAAAAACGUUUUGUGCAUUAGGCACGUUUGGUUUACAUUCAAAGUCUCCAGGUGCUGGUCAUAAAAUUAAAAUGUCAUGAAAAAGGUUGACUUAUGUCAGUAAUUCCAUUCUAAAAGUGAAACCUGAGUAUCAUAUUCAUUCAUUACACACAGACUGAAAUAUUUCAAAUGUUUAUUUCUUUUUAAUGUUGUUGAUUUGGACUGACAACUAAUGAAAACUCCGAAUUCAGCAUCUCAGAGACUUAGAAUAUUACUUACGACUAAUAAAAAAUUACUUUUAGAAAUGACCGACUGAAAAGAAUAAGCAGUACUCAGUACUUGGUUGGGCUCCUUUUGCCUAGAUUUCUGCAGCAAUCCAGUGUGACAUGGAGUCCAUCAUUCUGUGGCACUGCUCAGGUGUUAUGACAGCCCAGGUUGCUCUGAUAGUGACCUUCUGUUCUUCUGAGUUGUUCGGUCUGAAAUAUCACAUCUUCCUCUUCACAAUAGCCCAGAGAUUUUCUAUCCACCUUAUUCCUACGCCCCAUGAUGCUUUGCGUGAAUUAUGGGCGCGACUUCCGCCGCAAGCCGGAACUGCCAUUUGUUUACAUGUUACCCUAACGCUAACCGGCUUUCGUCAGAGCUUGUAGG